AGUUUUGGAUGCUUGAUCAGUUUGCUCAAUGAGCGUCGCGGGUGAAGCAGUUUGAAUAUAGAAAAAGGUCUAUUUAUUCUACCAUAGUCAAAUAAAUUUUAAGAUGAAAUUCUUAGGUUUUGUUGCUUUGACGUGUUUCUACAGUUAUUCGGCUUUGGCCAACAUUGAAAACGGAGAUUUUAAUAUUGGUGUUAAACAACAAAACGCAGUGGUGUUCCAUGAGCAAAGUGCAGCCAAAAAUGAAUUCAAUUAUGGUUACCAGGUGCAAACGGUGAACGAUCAGUUCCAAUUCAAAACCAAAGGUCCUGAUGAUGUGACGUACGGGUGUUACGGAUAUGCCGAUCCAAAUAAUAACAAACAUUUGGUGUUUUACGUGGCUGAUCGGUUGGGCUAUCGGAUACUGGCACAAAACCAAAAGGCCAAAAUUUAUACUUUCGAAACAAGCCACGAUGGUUCCUCAUCUGAUGGUUCGUCAUCAGCAAAGGAAGUGGCUUGGACUGAUCUGUAUCUACCCGAAUCGUGCCGUAAGCUCAACGACUUGCUAACCCUACCCACUGCAGCUUCUACGGUUUCUGCAACCGUUCAAACUGGAUCCAUCGGGUCUAACGCCGGAGCCUCGAGCAGUGUCCAAUACCCUACUGGGUCUGCUUCUGCCACCGGUUCUGCUUCGGUUUCAUCAGAUUGGACCCCGUAUGGCAGCGGUAAACAGCAAGCAGCCACAACGAUCGUGCAAAAAAUUACUACUACUACCUCUCGAGCGACGACCACAGUGCCAUCGACCACAGUGCCAACGACCACCACUACCAGAACUACUACAACAACUACGCCCCAACCACCUCAACCAACCACACCUGAAUUUGUCUUCAGAGAUGAAAGCAGCUCAGCUUCACAAACAAGUUCUAACAAUGAUGAACAAGUUCCUAACCCGGGCAACUUCAACGGAUACGUGUUUCCGAUCAACGGAGGAGAUUGUGCAACAUCGCAGAAGAACGUUCAAGACCUACUCGCUCAAAUGGAAGCGCUAAACAGUCAAGUUCUGACCAUCACUUCCUUCAUCAACUCUCAGAAGAAUGGUGGUUCGAGUGCGAACUGUGCUGCCAGCUGUUGGCAGAAGCAGCCAUCACCGUUGCUCAUCUACGUUCCCAUCUUACUGCCAUUUAGUAGUGUGGAUUCUAUCUCCGUUAGCGCGGAUACAGUGCAUUCGAUUAAUCCCGCUAGUUUUACCCAUCAGUCGUUGUGCAAGCAUUGUAAAUAAGUAUUUAAAUAAAUACGUUUGAUUUCUGCGGUGAUAUUAUUAUCUAGUACCUAAACGCGAUAAAACAGCUGUACCGUUCCUUAUUAGUGCUUGAAGUUGAGACCAAUGCAUGUC